UCAGCUCAGUAUAUUACAAUCUGUGAUUACGAAUCGUCACGACCGCAGUGAAAAAUAUUUUGAGAAUAGCUAAAACAAACUAUUCGUUUAAUAUUUAGUGCAGUGUUGGUUGUUGAAGUGUUUAUAUUCGUUGGGUGGUGAAAUAUUUUAAAAUCUCAUACGAUCUUCAUAAUAGAAAGAAAAUCGAUGAGAUUGUGUGUCGUUCAUUAGUUCAGACAAUAUGUGGAGUGUUGAUUACGAAUGACGUCUGAUUGGAAACAAAAGGCCAACGUAGUUAGAAUACAUUUAUAAAGGUCCAUAACCAGUAUGGGUUCAACGGAGACGAUCAACGUGACUGCGCAGCCGAUCGCUGCGGCGGUGCACGAGAUGUUCAAGCCUCUACAACAGCCGGUCUUCCUGCAGACCACCUCUGCGAAAGUAAUCACCGGAAUCUGCGUUUGGACAGCUUUAUUCAUCACUUGCCAACAGAUUUACCAACACUUGCGCUGGUACACGAACCCGUCGGAGCAGCGUUGGAUCGUGCGUAUCCUGUUCAUCGUGCCGAUCUACGGUUGCUACAGCUGGAUCUCACUGCUCUUCUUUAACGGAGAUUCUUACUAUGUCUACUUCUUUACUGUCAGAGAUUGCUAUGAAGGUAAACAAUAUAUCCACAUUUUUACAGAGACAAUGAACCCGAAGGACAUAAUGACGGACGCCUUCCACAACUUCCACCCGCAGUACCAGCAGUACACGCAGUACAGUUCUGUGAUGCGCGCGGGCGAAGGCAAGCGCUGCGAGGAGGGCGCGGCGCUGGCGCCCCGGCCGCCGCAGCGCGUCGCCACCAUCAGCCACGCCAACCACGAGAAGACCACACUCCUCAGCUCCGACGACGAGUUCCAGUAAAUUUCAAACUAAAUCGAUAAUGUACGCGUACAUAAAUAUGCAUUUUGCAAAACUUUAGAUACUUGUUUCAGUCUUCGGUUAUAUGCAUAUAUUCGUCAAUCCUACUAAUAUUAUAAAUGCGAAAGUUAAGAUGGAUGUUUGUUAUAGUUUGUAGGCUAA